AUGGACUUUAUCGCCGACUUCAACAACAACUCAGCGGUUGAUGUGAUUUCGUUCGUCAAGGAAGUUGUCGAGAAAUUCCCCAAGCUGCGUGCCUCCAUCGUCGACCGCCUGGUCUCUACUCUGAGCGAGGUCCGGGCAGGAAAGGUUUACCGAGGUGUUCUAUGGGUUGUUGGUGAAUACUCUCUGGAGGAGAAGGAUAUCCGGGAGGCUUGGAAGAAGAUCAGAGCAAGCCUUGGAGAAAUCCCCAUUCUUGCCUCGGAACAGCGGCUUCUUGAUGAAGUACCGGAAGAUACUCUAGCCAAGGAACAAAUUAACGGCCAUGCUAAGUCAUCGGCCCCGAAGGUGCUUGCGGAUGGUACAUAUGCAACUGAGAGCGCCCUCACCAGCCAGUCCGCCGCCGCCGCUCGGCUACAAGCUGUCAAGGCCGCUCAGAAGCCUCCUCUGCGCCAGUUAAUUCUGGACGGCGAUUACUACCUGGCGACUGUCCUGUCUUCCACGUUAACAAAACUGGUGAUGCGCCAUUCUGAGGUCUCUGAAGAAUCUGCCCGAACCAACGCUCUACGUGCCGAAGCUAUGUUGAUCAUGAUAUCGAUCAUUCGUGUCGGUCAAUCACCAUUUGUCGCCGCCCCCAUCGAUGAAGAUUCUGUGGACCGUAUCAUGACUUGUGUUCGCUCCCUUGCGGAGUUCUCUGAGAGGAAGGAAUUGGAGACGACGUUCCUUGAAGACACGCGGAAGGCCUUCCGUGCCAUGGUUCAGGUCGAGGACAAGAAGCGAGCAGCCAAGGAGGCUGUUGAAAAGGCCAAGAGCGCUGUUCAGGUCGAUGAUGCCAUCCCAAUCCGGCAAUUCACCAAAAAGUCUGCCCUGGAAGGUGCAGAGGAGAUUGAAUUGGAUCUUGCUAAAGCGACAGGAGGUGACUCAACAGUGGAGACGGUCUCCUCGAAACUCAGCCGCGUCGUGCAGCUUACUGGUUUCUCAGAUGCUGUCUACGCAGAGGCCUAUGUCACGGUACACCAGUUCGAUAUCGUCUUGGACGUCCUCUUGGUCAACCAGACCCUUGAGACGCUACAAAAUCUGUCUGUCGAGUUCGCCACGUUAGGAGACCUGAAGGUCGUAGAGCGGCCAUCCACUCACAACCUCGGCCCUCGUGACUUCUUGAAUGUGCAGGCUACAGUCAAGGUGUCAUCGACGGAUACCGGUGUUAUCUUCGGCAACAUUGUGUACGACGGCGCCAGCUCGACGGAAACCCACGUUGUCAUCCUCAAUGAUAUUCACGCCGACAUUAUGGACUACAUCCAGCCGGCUCACUGCACCGAAACCCAAUUCCGGACAAUGUGGACCGAGUUUGAGUGGGAGAACAAGGUUAACAUCAACUCCAAGGCCAAGACUUUGCGUGAAUUCCUCAAGCAGCUCAUGGAGAGCACCAACAUGGCUUGCCUUACCCCUGAAGGGUCGCUCACGGGCGACUGCCAGUUCCUCAGCGCUAACCUAUACGCUCGUAGCGUGUUUGGUGAGGACGCUCUAGCAAACCUGAGUAUCGAAAAGGAAGGAGAAGAUGGACCGAUCACAGGCUUCGUCCGGAUAAGAAGUCGUUCUCAAGGCCUUGCCCUGAGUUUAGGCUCUUUGAAAGGUCUCAAAGCCUCCACUGCAUGA